UUAAAUAACAGAUAAGUGCUUAGCAUAGUGCCUGAGAUGAUUAAGAACUCAAAUCACUUGUUGUUAUUGCCACUUCAGAGAUAAGAUCAUGUGGCUCUGAGAGGCAACCUGUUGCCCAAGACCACAAGACUAAUCAGUAACCAGCAUAUGGUUUCAAAUACAGAUUGUCCAACUUCAAAUGUAGAAGUAAAUGGAUAACAUUUCAUGCGAUUAACUUGGUUAACAUACUGCCCAGUAAAUAUUAUAAUUAACAUGACACACAAAAUAUACUAUUAGUCUAAAUAGACAUGACAUUUCUAAAGGCUACCUACUAUUGACUGGAUUCAGAGUCCAAAUUCCUUAUCUGGCUCCAAUGUACUUAACUCCCAACACCAUCUCUCUCUCAGCAUAACCUACAUAAACCCUUCAAUUACAUUAAAAACUAUUUUCCAAAACAAGUCAUACAAAAAUUGGCAUUCUUACAUUUUUUGCCAAUUUCCUUACGUGUUUGACUUAAAACAGCUAGAUUCUCAUAUGUGUUUCUACAUUCAAUCUGUUAUGAUAGCAUAUAUGACAAUUUUCCAGAAGCUUCUGGAAAAUUCCAUUCAACAUUACUGAGACUACCAUAAUGAAGAAGACACGUGUCUUCCUAUGAGGAAAACAGCAUAGACCUUGCAUACCCCCAGGGAUCCCUGAAGCACAUUUUGGGAAUCCACCGGCUUAAGAGUAUGGUAUUCUGUGGUUGACCUAGAUUUCCAGAUCUAGAUUCCAGUGUUAGGCAGUGGCUCUACCAGCUCUAUCGGUGAUGAGGCGGGCUUUAUGGAACGAUUCUAUUUCCUGCACCUGGCACAUAGAGGGUACUCAAAAGCUGAGCGUGAUUAUCGGGCAGCAGGGCAGGUCUUGUGAAUUUUGAGAUCCUUGGGACAACUUAGGAAACUCCAGAAAACACCAGUAGGCCAUGACCGCUCGCCUGAUCACAAGACUUGAGUCCUCAAAAAAUUCUGUCAUCAAGAUACUGUUUUAAUGCACGAUUUAAAAAUUGAAAUGGGUUAACCUGUGCCCUGUAGACAGGCUACCUGUUUUUGUAAACAAAGUUUUACUAAUAAUGAUUUUCGAAAAACUUCCCAAGUCUCCGCGCAAGUCACAACAAAGGCCUAACUCAGGGACUCGCUCGCCCGGGCGGGGAAGCCCCAACGGGCUGACUUAGCAGCACUCUACGGAGGGAAUCCCGGUUGUCCCUCAGGUAACUUCCAUUUCCCAGCAGCCCUUGCUCCGCCCGCCCCGCCCCCUCCACACACUCGUCUCUGAUUGGCUGAGUUGCCCAGGUUCGCGCUGCCAUUGGCCCGGAGUCCCGGGGGCUGGGUCCUUAGAGACUUAGCUCUGCCGUUCUGAGCGGGGGCGUUAUUGUGUGUGCGGCGGCGGUGGCGGUCGGAGGAGGACCUGUGGGAGGAGGCUGGCGCGGCCCCGCUGGAGGGCACAAAGUUGUAGCAGUACCAACAAGAAGUUUAGGUGAACCUGAUUAUUUUAUGCAUCCUGAUUAUCAAUUUAAAAAAUCAACAACUAGAGGAUAUGAAAGAUGGCAAGUCCAGAAAAAAGCAAACGGAAGAUAUUAAAAGCCAAAAAAACAAUGCCUCCAAGUUGCCGGAAGCAAGCAGAGAUUCUGAGUAAGUCAAAGAAUGUUGAAGCCCUGAAAACCAAAGCAGUUGGGGACAAUGUGUCAAGUGGCAAUCAGAAUUCAAGUACUGGUGUCGUAAGUAGCAAAUGUGGACUUUCCGAAAAUGACGCUUCCUUAUUCGACUCAAACAAAAAUUCGGUAUGCAUACCGAAAAGUAAAGUGUUUUCUCAGAAUUUAACAAAACCACUAGAAGUCGUUGGUUCAGAAACAAGAUUGGAAUACAUUGAAGAACAAGCUAUGUGCCUGCACCAAAAGACACGUGAAACAGUAGAAUCUCCCAGAAAACUCUUAACACAAGGGGCAAGAGAUUCACAAAACAUUUCUGAAAGUGGUGUUGAAUGUCGAGCAGAUAUAAGAAAAUCCUUUUUGGAACAACAUGAAGAGGAUUUUAAUACGAAAUCCAUUUGCUUCCCAUCCAGUACAGUUCAAAUGCCAAAGUCUACAGUAACCAGUACCUUGGAUGAUAAGACAAUUGACAAGAGACUUUCCUAUUUAAAAGCAAACUCUAAUUCUGAGUCACACAAUAAAAGACAAAAUGACAUUUUAAGUUCAGACAUCCAUUUUGUGCCUGUUGAUAAAAUACCUAAGGUGGCCAAUUCAGUAAUUUCUAGUGACUGUGCUGCUGGCAUUUUGAAAAGUGAGCCCUGUAGAACCUAUCAUUCCAGAAUUUCAGAUCGUGAAAGUACAUACGCAACGCGGCUGUCAUCACUUGACACUGACCAUUGUAACAGCCAUAAACAAAAGAAGAGGAUGUUUUCAGAAAACAAAGAAAAUGUUAAGCGCACGAAAACUUCAGAGCAAAUUAAUGAAAAUAUUUGUGUAAGUCAGGAAAAGGAAACAGCCAUUCUGGAAAAGGUCAGACAUUUGAUUCGACAGGAGACCUAUAGUGCAAAUUACAAACUAUUUGAUAACAAACUGAAAGAAUUGACUGAGCGCAUUGGGAAGACACAGUGCAGGAAUAAGCAUGAAGCGAUAGCAGGUGAACUCUUCGCAAAAAUAACAAAACUUCAAAGAUGUAUUAAAACAAUUUGGCUAUCUCAAAGGAAUUGUUCAAAACCAAACAGCUUAUCCAAUGAUACAGCCUAUAAGGUUGCAAACUCAGAGACCACAGAUUCGGAUGAGAAUCCAGAACCAGUUAUUAGUCCAAAUAAAAGAAGGAUUUAUGUGAACUCUGAACCUUCUAAAUAUGCAAAUGAAAAGAUUCACUUGUGGCAGGAUCAUGACAAGGCUGUUUCUGAAAGUAACGAUCAUCUCUCGAUUUCUCUGGAAAGUUCUAAUUUGACAACUCCAAUUACAUCAAGUCCAACAGAUUCUGAAAAAAUUCCAUCAGGAAAUUCUAACAGUUCACCUGAUGCUAAAAUUAAGGCUGUAGGGAAGAAACUUGAUUCUGUGAUUGAUCUGACAAAUGAAGGCCUAUCAAACUGCAACCCAGGAAGUCCAAUAUCCGUCCUGGAGUCAUCUAUAAAAGCUAUUUCAAUCUCAAAAGAGACCAUUUCAGUGGCACCAAACGCAGCCCAGGUUCUUGAGUCCUUUGAGCACCUGCCACCCCUUCCACCACCACCAUCACCGCCACCUGAAGUGGUGGACAGAGUCCGAGACACACUUCCGCCCCAGAAGCCUGAGCUCAAAGUGAAACGGGUACUGAAGCCCAGGGGCAUCGCCCUGACCUGGAACAUCACCAAGAUCAAUCCCAAGUGUGCUCCGGUGGAGAGCUACCACCUCUUCCUGUGCCAUGAGAACCCUAGUAACAAGUUGAUCUGGAAGAAAAUUGGAGAAAUUAAAGCUUUACCACUCCCAAUGGCCUGUACUUUAUCUCAGUUUUUAGCUUCCAACAAAUAUUAUUUCACUGUCCAAUCAAAAGAUAUUUUUGGGCGAUAUGGACCAUUUUGUGAUGUAAAAUCUAUCCCUGGGUUUUCUGAAAACCUUACCUAAAAGAGAAGUCUUCAAUAAUUACUUAUUGUACUGCAUUUUGUUUUGUUUUUUCACAGUUGUUUGUUUACAAUGUUUCUGUAACACUAUUUGCCAUCUUAAAGGGCCAGUUCAGAUUGUGAACCCUUUGUAUAGGGACAGCCAUCUUCCCUGUGUUGUAAGUGACCUCAAGUUUCAUGAAUCUCUGAUUUGCAUUCAGUAAGGACUUGGAGUGGGUAUGUUCUGAAACAUACACUACACUAUCAGAGACCCACGUCGCUAAGCUGUGCUGCGUACAAUGCCUUUAGUGGCUCUGGGGCUGCUGAUACAGAAGCCCUAGUUUACAAGUAACCGUGACCUCUGUUGACAGCCAGCUUUUGGUUACCUGCUUGUGGUCUGUAUAGGUACAGAAAAAUCAGCUCUACUGAGACCAGAUCAUUCCUACGGUGCAUCUCCACCAAGAGUUUAUUAAAUGUCUUCUCAUUCUGUUCAAAUCUAAGGGCUAUUAAUGUGUGCCCUCCACGUCCCCAUUACCCCAACCCCCUCCAAUUUUUGGCUGUGUCAGUCAUUUGGGGGAAAACAGGAGGUUUUCCCUAAAUUUGUAUAUUUAGAUACAUAAUAAAGUUAAAUAUUGUGUGCUGUGUACACAGUACAGAAUGUCUUAUAAAAGCAUUUUUCAACCUAUUUCAGCUGAAGAAAAUGGAGUUGUCUGCCUUAGAUUUAAGGCUUUAAUUUGUUGACUCCCUAAUUCUACCCUUGUUUCCUGGCGGUCGUCAUUACCUGGAGAAAGAACGUAUCACUAAGGGGCUCCAACAGAUGUGUCCUGGGCAUGUCUCUGUGUGAGGAGCACGAGUGAGGCUGACCCUAGCACAAGGAGCCCUGGCAACUCAGUAGGUAGAGAAGCUGGAGGCAGGGGGUAGUGGCAUGUAGGCAGCUGUUAGAACUUGUGGCCCCAGGGAAGGGGAAGACAGGAGGGAAAUGGGAUCAAGGCUUCACAGUAAACAAGGAGCCGCAUCCUGGACUUCUGGAGAAUUCCGCUUGAAAAGCAAGGGGGUCUUCCUAGCAAUGAGCCCCAAUCCUGUGAACUUCUGUUUGGCUUAUAAACCCUAGAUAAGGCAGCCCCGGGCAGUACCCUCUCCUGGAGCCCCUCCCGUCUAGAGUGAGUCUUUCUUUCCUUUUCACUCCUCAUUAAAAGCUUUGCUGGUUGUUUCAUA